UCGAUCGAUAGUGACAACUCUAGACGGCCCAUCGCGACGACGACGCCGCUCAAAAUAUUUUUUGUUUCUCCCGCAUUCGUUGGAAAAAGUGCCCCAAAAGUGUUUAGUUUUAUGUGUGGUGCGCGUACCAGGCAAAUGCAACCGAGUUCGCGACCCCAAUUGCUGACCGCCUAACGCCUAACCGCCGAGGAUAGAAAAUAACAGUAAUGCGAAAGACCCGCUCGCAGACGGCUCGCACGCAGGCGGAAAAUGCCGCAACAUCCUCGAGCCCCGGCCACCAAUCAACAUCAUCAGCGCCAAUAGCCGUGAAUCCCUUUGAUGCGGGCAAGUACAAGGAAUGUGAGCAAAUGGUGCAGAUGCUCCGUGUGGUCGAGCUGCAAAAAAUCCUGUCGUUUCUGAACAUCUCCUUCGCUGGACGAAAAACCGACCUGCAGAGCCGCAUCCUCUCGUUCCUGCGCACCAAUUUGGAUCUGCUCGCCCCCAAGAUCCAGGAAGUCUACGCCCAGUCGGUGCAAGAGCAAAGCGCCACGCUGCAGUACAUCGAUCCAACCAGGAUGUAUUCGCACAUCCAGCUGCCGCCCACCGUGCAGCCGAAUCCGGUGGGCCUCGUCGGCGGCGGUCCGGGCGUUCAGGUGCCUGGCGGCCAAAUGAACGUGGUCGGCGGCGCACCCUUCCUUCACACGCACAGCAUCAACAGCCAGCUGCCCAUCCAUCCCGAUGUGCGGCUGAAGAAGCUAGCCUUCUACGAUGUCCUCGGCACACUGAUCAAGCCUUCGACGCUGGUGCCACGCAACACUCAGCGCGUACAAGAGGUGCCUUUCUACUUCACACUCACGCCCCAGCAGGCCACCGAGAUUGCCUCCAAUCGCGACAUUCGCAACAGCUCCAAAGUGGAGCACGCCAUACAGGUGCAGUUGCGCUUCUGCUUGGUGGAGACAUCGUGCGACCAGGAGGACUGCUUUCCGCCGAAUGUCAACGUGAAGGUGAACAACAAGCUGUGUCAGCUGCCAAAUGUCAUUCCUACAAACAGACCAAACGUGGAGCCCAAGCGACCGCCGCGUCCCGUCAACGUCACCUCCAAUGUGAAGCUGUCGCCGACCGUCACCAACACCAUUAUGGUGCAGUGGUGUCCGGAUUACACGCGCAGCUACUGCCUGGCCGUUUAUCUGGUCAAGAAGCUCACCUCGGCGCAGCUCUUGCAGCGCAUGAAGACCAAGGGCGUAAAGCCGGCUGACUACACCCGUGGCCUAAUUAAGGAGAAGCUGACUGAGGAUGCUGACUGUGAGAUAGCCACCACUAUGCUUAAAGUGUCGCUCAAUUGCCCGCUGGGCAAGAUGAAGAUGCUGCUGCCUUGUCGAGCAUCAACCUGCUCGCACCUGCAGUGCUUCGACGCCAGUCUUUACCUGCAAAUGAACGAGCGCAAGCCCACAUGGAACUGCCCCGUCUGCGACAAGCCGGCCAUUUACGAUAACCUGGUCAUAGAUGGCUAUUUCCAGGAGGUUUUGGGCUCUUCGCUGCUCAAGAGCGAUGACACCGAGAUCCAACUGCAUCAGGAUGGUUCCUGGAGUACUCCAGGUCUUCGGAGCGAAGCGCAGAUCCUAGAUACACCCUCAAAGCCCGUUCAAAAGGUUGAGGUUAUAUCGGACGAUAUAGAACUAAUCUCGGAUGAUGCCAAGCCGGUGAAGAGCGAUUUGUCCCCAGCACCGGACGAGCAGCCAACCUCCACGUCAAACAGUGAAACUGUGCAACAGGUUGAUCUUACGUUGAGCGAUUCCGACGACGACAUGCCGCUGGCUAAGCGUCGUCCGCCCGCCAAGCAAGCCAUCGCCAGUUCCACGUCGAACGGCAGCGGCGGCGGCCAACGUGCCUACACUCCGGCACAGCAGCCCCAGCAAUCCGAAUCCCCAGAACAGCAGGCCAAUCGUCGCCAAUCGCCAGAGAUGCAGCCAGUCUUAGACCAGCAACUGCAGCAGCUGCAGCAGCAACAGCAACAGCACGAGCAGCCAGCGGCGGCAGCCGUCCAUGCCUCACUCCUGGAAUCCCUGGCUGCUGCGGUGGCGGAUCAAAAGCACUUCCAACUGUUGGAUCUGGCUGCGGUUGCGGCUGCUGCAGCUGCCACGGCGUCCUCCGGCCAAAGUCAGAAUGCCGGCCCAUAGGCAGGACCCACACCCACAUCCACAUCCCACACACAUCACCCUCAAGAUCCCUGAUUUGGCUUACAUAGUUUUCUGUUCUCCGUUCCUCUUCCGCGGUGGCACACGGCCAGAUCUUACCUCAGAGGCUAUUCUUCGGCGUUCCAUUCGCAGUCACCUCAUCCAAAAUCAUACGCCCUCAAUCGCGGCCCACCAACUGAUGCUUGUAAUUCUUGUGUUGCAGGACGCAGGCAGAACAGACAGGCUUUAUAGGAGCGGGUUCCCAGGUUCCCAGGUCCCCAGUGGUGGCUGUUCCCCCAUCGGCCAGAUUGUUGCUGCCCCCUUUCUUUCAGUUGGUUAUGUCCCGUGUCUUUCGUUUCUGUGGCGUCUUGAGUACACAAACACUCACCCCACACACCAACUGAAAUAAUCCUAGAUAUUACAAUUACACAAACAACUAGCACCCAGCAUUCAUUAGCAAUUACCAUAGGAAACGCAAUUAAUUUAUUUUCUCUUGAAGCGGGCUGUCGAAUGAUCACAGAGGAGUCCGAAGAAGUUAAGAGCCCUACGCAUAACUAACAUUAUCGAUAAGCGUACACCUAAGGCAGAUGUUAAUCUUAAGUCCUGCCAAUGCGAUGGCAGAGUGGGCGUAUUCCUAUUCCUAUGCACGAAGCGCGAGAGGAGACAGGCCAGGCGGCAGCCAGCCGCAGCACCGACAUUUAAGUUAGUUAAGUUAUUUUAGUUGAACUAUGGUUACUGAAUCGAUUAGAGGCGGAAAGGAAUGGAGUAUGGAGUGGCGUGGCGUGGCGGGUGCUGCCCUUAGAUUCAUAUUUAUAUUGUGUUGCAAGUCAGGACGAAAUCGCAUUAAAUGUUCAUGUGUAUUGACAACAAA